AUGACAGAACCAAUUUCGGUUACUACUGAUACUUCAAUUGAAGGCAUCUCAGUAAUAACUAUCAAUCGUCCCCGAAGGAAGAAUGCGGUUGAUACCCUUACGGCGCGAGCGCUUUACGAGGCCAUCCUCAAGUUCGAAGAUGAUCCCAAUCAGAAGGUCUGCAUCCUCACCGGUGCUGGGAGUACAUUCUGUGCCGGAGCCGAUCUUCAUGGUGUCGCACAAGCAAACUAUGAUAAGCCCGCCGCGAAUAUCCAGCCCGUCAAUGGUCGUAACCUGGCUCCCGUGGGGCCCUCUCGCAUGAUGGUGACGAAGCCAGUCAUCUGUGCUGUCUCAGGUUACGCUGUUGCAGGGGGUCUAGAAUUGAGUCUACUUGCAGAUAUGCGCGUCGUCGAGGAGGACGCAGUCUUCGGUGUUUUCUGCCGACGGUGGGGAGUACCAUUGAUAGAUGGCGGAACUGUUCGUUUGCAGGCGAUUGUCGGACUCGGUCGUGCGCUGGACAUGAUACUGACCGGGCGUGCCGUUGGAGCCGAGGAGGCCCUGAAGAUGGGACUGGCGAGCCGGGUGGUUCCUAAAGGGGAAUCUUUGAAGGCGGCCAUUGCGCUGGCAAAGGAGCUAGUGGGAUUUCCCGAGCUUUGUCUCAAUACGGACCGCCGGUCCUGCUACUACAGUGCUUACGAUGCAUCUUCGUUCCAAGACGCCAUGGCACAGGAGUUCGAUGCUGGAGAGAAGGUCAUCUCGAAGGAAUCCAUUGCAGGAGCGGCCAGAUUCAGCAAUGGCCAAGGGCGGCAUGGUAGUUUCCAUGAUCACAGCAAGCUGUGA